UCGGCCGCAAGGGACGAUCAGUCUGUUCUCCACGUUCUCCACGCAAGGACGAUCGCCGCCGGCAAUACCGUCCUCUAAUCUGUCACACGAACUUUGACCGUGCUCCCAGCUGCCUUCCUCGCGAUCUUUCUUAUCUCCUCGAUGACGUACGCGACACGAUGUUCGUGAAGUUCCGAGAUCGGCGUUUCAUCGGAUCUCAGUAACGACUACGUACGCGUCGCGUUCGGUACGCACUCCACCGAAUCUCUCCCGUUCGCGCCAGAAAAAAAUAUAUCAAGUUUUUUCGUUCGAAAACGAUCCCAGAUCGAAUCGUUCCGUUGUUGUCCUCUACGAAAUAUUCGGAGAUGUGAUCGGUUUCCUUUUUCCCGCACGAAAACUACUUUCGAGUGGUGAAGUUCGUCGGUGAACGACAAAAGGGGUGAAAAAGAAAACAGUGGCAAAUGCAUCGGUGUAGACGGUAGUACGGUUGGUCUUUUAUGGCCUAGGGUCAGAGAAGAGAGGCUCGUUGUCUUUUCAAGACCGAUCGACGGUAUCGAGAUGAGACUGCUGUUGUUGCUUUCGAUCUUUUGGCUGGCGUGCCGAUACGCCGAUUGCCGGGCGGUCCACGCCGAUUCCACGGACAACGAGCUACGAACGAGCAGGCGUAGAUUUACCGUGGAAGAGCUGAUUAACACCAAGUUCCCUCACGGAAUCAGCGGCGAUCUGGAUGUAGACGUUUGUAAAGCGGGUGGUUUUCUCGGUGACAUCGCUCUGCCAAAUAUCAAAUACGAGACAGAAUGGCGACAGCAAAAGCUCAACAAGAGUUACCUCGAAGAAUUGGAGAAGUAUCGGGACGAGGUACUAAAGGAGGGUCUUCAGGUCGAAGAAGAGGGUCUUACGGAGAUCCUUCAAUUUAAAAAUGAGCACGACGCUAACGAGGCGCAUCAGGAGAACGAGGAGAUCGUGGCUUCUCAAGAGAAAUCCGAACCAAUUAUGGUGGACCGGAAUCAAUACAGCAUGGACGGCGAGCUCGAGGGUGGAUUCAGUUUUAAAGCGAGGAACGACGAUGUCAAGCCUGGUGUCAGGGACGAAGGAGUCGAAUUCAGAUUGGAGUCGACAACGCCGUCAACGAAGAAAAGGCACUCAGCUCGAAAACAGAAUCACGAUGUUUCACACUCAUCGAUCAACGCCACGAAACAAUCAGUUUCGAGAUCGUCUCAAGAAGUCGAUUUUUCCACGAGCACCGAUAGCACCAAUCAAAUGAAAGAUACAAACAUGAAGAACAUAGAGGAGGUGUUCACGGUUCAACCGGAAAACAACACGCAAAACGUAUCGAAGAGACGACAUCGACGCCAUCAUCGUAGAAGAACGUCCAAACGCAGGCACCGUCGACGAAAGAUACCAUUGGUCAGACGGGAGUUCGACGACUCGUCGGACGAGGUAGUGUCGUUACACGAUCGACAACUGCGGUCGAUCGAAUUUUACGACAUGGAACAUAAACCCAAGUAUCUAGCGAACAAACGCGGCACCACGAGACACGGUUUUUCAAGCAGGACACGAAGAGCCGCGACAGCCCGCAAGGAACGCGUGUGGGACGACGGGGUGAUCCCUUACGAGAUCGAUGGAAAUUUUUCCGGGGCUCACAAAGCCCUCUUCAAGCAAGCCAUGAGACACUGGGAGAACUUUACUUGCGUUAAAUUUGUCGAGCGAGUACCCACGGAGCAUCCUAAUUAUAUACUAUUCACGGAGAGACCGUGCGGAUGCUGCUCGUUCGUUGGCAAACGAGGCAACGGCGCUCAGGCUAUAAGCAUAGGAAAAAAUUGCGACAAAUUUGGAAUAGUGGUGCACGAACUGGGACACGUGGUCGGUUUCUGGCACGAGCACACCAGACCUGAUCGUGAUCGUCACGUCCAGAUUAUUCGUGACAAUAUCAUGUCCGGUCAAGAGUACAACUUCAACAAAUUGACAGAGGAGGAAGUCAAUUCGCUCGGUUUGCCUUAUGACUAUGAUUCGAUCAUGCACUAUGCGAAGAAUACGUUCUCAAGGGGUACAUAUCUGGACACAAUUCUUCCGAUGGAAAGUCACGGAAAGAAACGUCCCGAGAUUGGUCAAAGACUUCGGUUGAGCGAGGGUGAUAUCGCUCAAACGAACCUUCUCUACAAAUGUCACAGAUGUGGCAGAACAUUUCAAGAAAACAGCGGAAGUUUCGGAUCCCCGAUUCAUCCUAACGGAUCACCUCCGAUAGAAGGUGAACGAUGCGAAUGGAGGAUUACAGCGACCCAUGGAGAACGAAUAGUCCUUAACAUUACAUCGUUGAACAUACUUAAGAGCAAUCUUUGUCGCAGCGACUAUCUCGAGAUUAGAGACGGGUACUGGCAUAAGAGUAAAGUGUUAGGUCGUUACUGCGGCAAUGGAAAGAUCCAGGAUCCGAUCGUAUCGACAGGAAGUAGAAUGCUGGUUACGUACGUGACAUCCGGUCAUCAGAGCAACGGCCCUCGUGGCUUCACGGCAUCAUACGAAGCCGUUUGCGGCGGCGAGAUCGAACUUGACGACACGGGUCACUUGGAAUCACCCAACUACCCGGAAGGUUAUCAAUCCAGCAAGGAAUGUGUGUGGAAGUUGUCGGUACCGCAGAACUUUCAAGUGGCGUUAAAGUUUCAAUCCUUUGAGAUCGAGAACCACGACAAUUGCGUGUACGACUAUGUGGAGAUCCGUGAUGGUCAUAACGCGGACUCUCCAUUGAUCGGGGUUUAUUGCGGCUACAAAAUACCACCGGACAUUAAGUCCACCGGUAACAAACUUCUAGUGAAGUUUGUUAGCGACGGAUCAGUACAGAAGGCUGGAUUUUCGGCUACGUUUAUGAAAGAGUUCGACGAAUGUGUUCUAAUCGAGCACGGUUGCGAACACAAUUGUAUAAACACUCUGGGUGGAUUCGAAUGUUCCUGCAAUCCUGGCUAUGAAUUACAUUCCGACGGAAAGCACUGCGAAGAUGCCUGCGGUGGAGUAUUCGAGGACAGCAACGGAACUAUUACGAGUCCUUCGUUUCCUGUAACGUAUCCAGGAAACAAGGACUGUGUCUGGGAGAUCAUAGCUCCUCCUCAAUAUCGUAUCACGUUGAAUUUCACUCAUUUCGAUUUGGAAGGCAACAAUGCUCGCCAACAAGAGUGCGAAUACGAUUCUGUAGAAGUGAGCAGCAAACUCGGGGAUGACAUUUUAAGGAAACACGGAAUCUUCUGUGGAUCGAGGCCGCCGCCAUUAAUUACGUCAGAGGGAAACUUUAUGAAAGUGACGUUUACGUCUGAUAAUAGUAUUCAAAAAACAGGAUUCGCGGCAGUCUUCUUAACAGACAUGGACGAGUGUGCCAACAACAAUGGUGGAUGCCAACACGAAUGCAGAAACACGAUAGGUUCAUAUCAGUGUUCGUGUCACAAUGGCUUCACGCUCCACGAAAAUGGCCACGACUGUAAAGAAGGUGGUUGCAAGUACGAGAUCGUUGCACCCGUUGGUACCAUAACGUCGCCAAAUUAUCCGGACUAUUAUCCUGGACUCAAAGACUGCGUUUGGCAUUUUGUUACCAAACCUGGACAUCGCAUCAAGUUGAUUUUUAAAGUGUUCGAAAUGGAAUCUCAUCAAGAAUGUAAUUACGAUCACAUUGCAAUUUAUGAUGGCGACUCGCCGGAUAGUCACGUUCUUGGUAAAUUCUGCGGUACCAAAGAACCACAUCCAAUCUUGGCUACCGGAAAUCAAAUGUACAUGGUAUUUAAAAGCGAUGCUUCUAUUCAGAGGAAAGGCUUCCUGGCCACUCAUAGCACUGCUUGCGGAGGUCAUCUCGUUGCAACAAGCGAAGUGAAGCACUUGUACUCGCAUGCCAAAUAUGGUACUCAUAAUUACGACCACAGAACGGACUGUGAUUGGGCCAUUGAGGCUCCACCUGGCAAAAAUGUUCAUUUAACUUUUGUCACGUUCCAACUUGAAUCCGAAAACGAAUGCAAUUACGAUUUCGUCGAGGUUUAUUCCGGUUUGGAUACGUCCGGUCUUCUUUACGGACGAUACUGUGGAAAUAGCAACACCACCGACUUCAUCUCGAUCAACGAGGCGUUACUAGUCCGGUUCCGAACCGACGACACGAUAUCGAACAAAGGUUUCAUGGCGUUUUUCGUCGCGGUCGAUCGACAAGACAGCGGUGAGAACUACGGUGGUUCAGAAGACGAAGACGCCGACGAAGAGAAUCUCUGAUCCGUGUCAGGCCUCGCCAAUCGAGUGGGCUACGGGUACCAUAUCGGUACACUCUUGCAAAACAACGCUCGAAGUGAAAACGAAUAAAGUCUGAUGAUCGCUCAGAGUCGAACGUGUGUGCCGUUUCAUCGACUAUGUAGCCCAGACACACGUGAAUCUUGCUCGAUCGUCGAGGCCGUGAAGCAUUUGUUCUUUUCUCUAAGUACGUUCGAACGAAUUGAACAAAUCGAUCGCAAAUCGAUCAAUGUUUGAACUAUUACUUAUGUGAUCGAUGUUUAAUCAAAGAAAGGUAUUUUAUGAGGUUAGUGGACAAGGAUAAUUUAUUCCAUCAGUGAAGCGUUAAUUAACGGCUUAAUCAUUUGGAUUUAGCAUGUACCAUUCUGAAAUUCGGCCUAUACGGGCCAAUCGUGCCAUUCUAUGUUUAGAUAGAUCGCAUUAUUAUAUAUUAUCAUUAUAAAUUACAUGCCCUGCGGGAAUUGGCGUAAUUGGACUCGGACGAGGGUGGGUUUGACACAUAUAUGAAUGGGCUUAAUUUUCUAAUUUUCUAAGCUUCAAAUUUCCAAAUCCUUGAAUUUUUAAAUUCCCAAAUUUUUUGAAGAUCUACUAAGACCUAGAUCUACUAAUUUUCCAAAUUUUCAAAUCUCCAAAUUUCUAAUUUUGCGAAUUUCUAAACCCCCCAAUUAUGAAACCCAAAUCUACUAAUUUUCAAAUUUCGACUUCCUAGUUUCCAAAUUCCUAAAUCUCCAAAUCUCUAAACUUGCAAAUCUCUAC